AUGCAUUGGAAAAUGUUCUUCGCCUGUUUUUUGCUCUUUUUACCGACAUGGAUGACGGCCGGUCUCGCGUUCGACAACCCGAACUUAAUUCGACGAAAUGAUACUGGCCUGACAGACGCUGUAGCCUGGGAUGCCCAUUCUGUGUUCAUAUUAGGUCAACGUAUCUUCGUCCUAUCUGCCGAAUUCCAUCCGUGGCGACUACCAGGAAACCCGGAUCUUUGGUUAGACAUCUUCCAGAAAAUUAAAGCAAACGGGUUCAAUACGGUUUCCUUUAUCGUCGACUGGGCCAUUCAUUAUCCUACGCCAUCAACAGGCAACGGUCAGGGCGACUUUCAGAAGAAUACUUACAGAGAUGUCCAAUUAUUCAUUGACGGGGCCCGUGAGGCGGGAUUGUGGUUGAUCGCCAGACCAGGGCCGUAUAUCAAUGCUGAGACCACCGGUGGUGGAUUUCCUGGAUGGCUGGGGAAUAUACAGGGAUCUCUGAGAACUAACAACGCGGCCUAUAUGACGGGUAAGACGUCCUGGAGGCUUCUCCUUGUGCAAAGAGUUGACAAGAUAACAGCGUAUAAACCGUAUUUGAAGACGGUCUCUCAACUGAUCGCGAAGAACCAGAUAACUCAAGGAGGACCUAUCGUAAUGGUUCAAGCUGAGAACGAAUUCAACGAAAGCCCCGAACACAAUAUCUACAUGCAGGACAUCAUCGAUACUUUCAGAGACAACGGAAUUGUGGUCCCUAUCACACAUAACGAUCAGCACGCCGGGCAGGCUGGCAACUUCUCACCCGACAGACCGGGUUUGGGAAGAGUCAACAUCUAUUGCGGUGAUUCCUACCCACAAGGUAGUUCCUCAUGGGCACAAGUUCAAUCGAUCUACUUCUCUGCACACAAGAGUGUUGCGCCAAGCAACCCACUGUGUCUGGCGGAAUUUGGCGGUGGUUUUUUGAUCAACUGGGGUGCCGGUACGCGUGGAGGGACUGGUUUCGAGAAAUUCUCGAACGAUCUUACCAAUGCUGCCUAUGAGAAUGUUUUCUACAAAGAGAAUUAUGCGCAGACGGCUACAAUUAUGAACGUUUACAUGUUGUUCGGCGGGACGAACUGGGGUCAGACGGCUGCACCUGUGUCGUACAGUUCCUAUGAUUAUGGAGCAGGGAUAAACGAAAACCGCAUAGCAACUCCAAAGAUGAACGAGAUGAGGCUUCAGGGGCUCUUCUUGCGAGUUUCUCGGGAUCUUUUAUCAUCGAAUCUAAUUGCCAACGGCACAAACUACACGACCUCUUCGCUGAUACACACUGCUGAGUUACGAAACCCGUCCUCGGGAUCUGCUUUCUAUGUGACUCGACAUGACGAUUCAAGGUCGGUUGCUUUGACCACAACCCAACUCCGUAUCAGCACUUCUGUGGGCUCUUUGCUGGUUCCACAAACCGGAGUUAUUACGUUCAAUGGCAGGGAUAGUAAAAUCCUCGUCACGGACUAUACCUUCGGGCGGCAUAAUACGAAGAUCCUCUAUUCGACCGCUGAGAUCAUGACAUGGACGACGAUCGACGAUACCGAUUAUGUCGUCUUUUACACAGGAUCCAGAGAAGCCGGUGAAACUGUGAUACUUCUCUCAUCUGCCCCUGAGGUUGAUAUGUCGAACGCACCAAAUGCCAAGAGCUCCUUCACGAAUUCGAGGCUCAUCUUGAAUUACAAUCUUAUCGGGACACAGUUCAUUCGCGUAAGCGGUAGUACAUCUCUUGUGGUGAUAAUGUUGGAGAAACCAUUAGCCAACCAAUGGCACGCUCCGUUGAUCCCCGGUAACGGAACUUCCUUUGGAAAUUACUUUUCAGUGGGUACCAACGAAAGUGUCCUGGUUAGCGGUCCUUACCUUGUUCGGACCGCUGCUAUCGCUGGCAAUUCUCUCCAACUGAUCGGUGAUUUGAAUGGAACUACAACUGUGGAAUUCAUUGCGCCAGCUUCUGUCUCACAACUUGUAUGGAACGGUUUGCCUGUGGCUACCACCAAAACUUCGCGAGGAUCCCUACAAGCCACCAUCUCUUCCAAUGGAACUUUCGUCCUUCCGAAGCUGAACAAUUGGCGUGUGACGGACAGUCUUCCAGAAAUCGACCCAGCAUUCGAGGAUUCGACUUUCACUUUGGCAGAUCAGACGACUACUAAUUACACGAAUCUUCCUCCCCUGUCUGGAAAUCGAGUUUUAUACUCUCAACAAUACGGCUAUUACGGUGGCAACCAGAUUUUCCGCGGGAGAUUCAACGCCUCUGGAUCCGAGACGGGCGUCAGUCUGACCGUCCAGUACGGAUUCGCUGGGGGUUAUUCAGCAUGGUUGAACGGGAUAUUCCUUGGGUCUUCGCAAGGAAGUUCGACAAUUAGUGUGUCCUCGGACGUUUGGACAUUCCCAACUGGGUCGGUCAAGGCUGGUCGAGAAAAUGUAAUUGUUGUUGUUCAAGAUCAUACCGGGGUUUCUGAGACGAACACGAACGGUGGAAAGGAGCCUCGAGGCAUACGAGGCUACGCCCUUAUAGGUGGGAAUUCCACCAUUAACAACUGGAAACUUCAAGGCAAUCAGGGUGGCGCGGCCAACACACCCGAUACCUUCCGCGGAUACCUCAACGAAGGUGGCCUAUACGCAGAACGAAUCGGUGCCCACCUUCCCGGGUUCCCAGAUGAUACCUGGUCGGAAGGUUCACCGUUAGAUGGAAUCACCAAAGCUGGUAUCAAUUUUUAUCGUACAACGUUCGAUUUGGCGGUUCCGGACGGACUCGAUGUUCCCGUCCGACUAUCGUUCACUCCAAGCCCGAUAACCUCCAACUACCGAGUCCAGAUUUAUCUCAAUGGAUGGCAAAUCGGGAAGUAUUUCAAUAAUAUAGGACCCCAAACGAUUUUCGUUCUUCCUGCUGGCAUUCUACGCCGAAAUUCCACAAAUACGCUUGCUCUGUCUCUAUGGUCCUUGGAUAGGAACGGAGCCUCGCUGGCGGGUUUGGAGUUGAUCACGGAUGGGGUUUUUUCAACAGGGUUCACCUUUAAGGAUUAUGCAGGGGCAGACUAUGAAGAACAAAAGGCGAAACGGCCGGUUCCUUUGGGAAUGUGA